AUGAGCUACUUAUCUUCUUCUAGAAGGGGUGUUGGUUCUAAUGGCAACAGAAGUCCUGCUACUACUACCACUACUACUACUGGUGAUAAACGCAGUAGUUUGAAAACUGAUUUAAGUGCAUCAUCAGAUACAGUCUCUUCACUAGUACAAUUGGCCAUACGUAGUGGCUGCAGAGAUGUACUGCAACAAAAAUGCCAGGAACUUAUCGAACGUAUUUCUUUUUUAACAGAUAGCAUUAUUGAGACAACAUUCACGGCACUUGAUGAUGAAAUAACGAAAACUCCUGACCCACGGCAGGGAUCACGUAAACACGUGGACCCAUUGGCAAACAUUACAAGAAAAACUUCAUCAUCAUCACAUACGAGAGAUAAGUCUGUAGGCGACCGAGUGCUCAAUAAGAGUAGCCCCAACAAUAAUAACAAUAAUACUAAUAGUAGUAGUAAUAGUAGUAUUAGUAUACCAAGAAAGACAAGUGCUGGUAGUGUUGGAAUGAAUGGUCGUAAUGGUACUACACGAUCCAGUUCCUCUUCUCUUUCACGUAAUGCGGGAGAUCCUCUCAUGGGAAUGCCGGUUGUUUUUACAGUAAAGGAACACUCCCCUGCGACCCAUUCACUUAAUGUUCAUUCCACACAAAAUGAAAAGUCUAAACCAGUUCAUCCUGGUAUUACGCCUACACGCCAUUCACAAAAUGUAAUCUCUGGAGAAUAUUUACGUGAAUCUUUAAGUGAAGUGUUGUGUUCGACAGGUCCACGUGAUGCUCGACCACUAUUUGUAGAGGAACGAGCACUUAGUGAAGAAGAAGUACGGAAAACAUUGGCGUUAGUUUCACAUACCGAUAAUAUUUUAUAUUGUGAGUCCUUACAUGUUCAAUUACGUGAAAGACCUUCUUCUUCUUCUUCUGUACCAUCUCCACCAGCAAAAACCACAAUAAAUGAAUCCCUACGACUUCUUCGUGAUGGUUCCUUCACUAAAGCUAUUUAUUUACAUUCCUCUGUGGAUUCCUAUACCGCAUCUGAUAUGAAUAAUACUACUACAGCUACUACUACUACUACUAAUAAUAAUAAUAAUAAUAAUAACACACCUGUUGUGAAGCCAGCGGUAAGGAAUAGAGCUGAUUCUGUAAAACGCGUGACUUCUCCAUCACCGUCGUUUUUAAGUGUAAGGAGUACAAUUUCAAAAACGAGUACGGCGAAAACACCUCCAUGUAAAGAACUACGUCGGGAAACACAAUACAAUACUUCUACACGUGCGAAGAGUCUACCAAUGGCUACAGCAACAACAACAACAUCAUCAUCAUCAUCUGCAGCCAAAAUUCAUAAAAGAGAAAAGAUGGAUAAUAGUACUAUUUCUACACCAGCCCCUAUAAUGUGGCAACCUAUGCUUCCUUUGUUUUCUUCAAAUCAAUUCAAGAUAAAUGUAUCAUUUAAUGAACGGUCAACAAGUCUAUUAAGACAUAAUAGUGAACGCAAUAGUGAUCGUGGUGGAAAUAACAGAAGAAUCAGUUGUAGUAACAGUAAUCUUGGAUGUUUGGAUGAUGGUUCAACUGUUGACUAUGAUGAUGUGGAUGAAGAAGAAAGCAUUUGCAUUCCUAAAGAAACUUACAAUCCCUAUGUUCUUUAUACUACAGGGCGUUCAUGUACGAUCUUUUUCACCCCAGUUGUUUCCCAUGCUGGAAAGAGAAAUAGAAGCGGUGGUUUGCGGAACCACAGCGACGUGCCUAUUGAACUCUGCGUGACUCUUCCCGCAACGCCUGGUUGA